ACACAGUCACGCUAUACACAUCAUGUCAGCGGAGAAAAAGAUACCCCCCGAGAUGUUCGACCCAAAAUGCAAUAUGACCCCGGAAAUGACGGCAAAGCUCUACGACAACUGGUCUGGUUACUAUGAAGAGGAGAUUAUAACGCAGCGGAACUGCAGAGCUCCCCGUGUCUGCGCAGGCGCUGUAGCAAAAGCCCUGGGCGGGUCGGACCGAGGGAAGGCCCGGGUUCUUGACGUGGGUGCCGGGACCGGAGCGUGCGGGGAAGAGGUGAGAAGGUCCGGGUUCUUGAUGUGGGUGCCGGGACCGGAGCGUGCGAGGAAGAGGUGAGAAGGUCCGGGUUCUUGACGUGGGUGCCGGGACCGGAGCGUGCGAGGAAGAGGUGAGAAGGUCCGGGUUCUUGACGUGGGUGCCGGGACCGGAGCGUGCGAGGA